AUGGCGCUGCCCCUCGCAGGCAAGCACUGCGCCGUCGUCGGAGCCACAGGCAUCAUCGGCUUCUCCAUAGCAAAGGCAUUCGCCCAGCAAGGCGCCGUCCUCACCCUCCUCGCCCGCUCCGCCGCCGAAGCGCGUCCCCGGCUCGAGCCCCAGCUGCGUCCGUACAGCCUACCCGGGACCACCACCACCACCACAGAUGCCGGCGAUGUCGGCGUUCCGGCAGCGCAUCGGUUCAUCCCGCUGGAUGUUGCGAAUCGGGAGAGCAUCAAGGCCCCUCAGUCUGGCACAGCCGUAGGACCCAUCGAUGUCCUCGUCAACUGUGCCGGCAUCACCCAAACAUCCCUCUUAAUGCGAACAUCCGAUGAACACCUCUCCGACAUCGUCGACACGAACCUCCUCGCCACCAUCCUAGUGUGCAAACACGCAAAGAUGAGGCCAAAUGGCUGCAUCAUCAACGUAUCAAGUCUCAUGGGAACAAAAGGUGGCCUCGGGGCCACUGCUUACGCUGCAUCCAAGGCGGGCGUCAUUGGCUUCACCCGCGCCCUGUGCCGUGAAAUGGCGUCUCGAUCUAUCCGUGUAAAUGCUCUGCUGCCCGGUUGGGUCAAUAGCUCCAUGUGGACCGGUAUGUUAUAUCCUCCUCUCCUCAUAUCUUUUGCGUGA